AUGGCGUCUGCUCACAUACCCGAGAUACUGAGCCUACCUCCAAGCCAAGGGCCCCAUCCUGAUACCACCGCCAUAAUGGCAGACACCACGUGCCUCCCCCAAGGCCAAGGUCUCAACACUGAGACCAGGCUUCAGACCAAACUUGAGGCUAUCUUUGCUGCAUUUUGGCUAAAGCUGGAGAACCGG